AAAACCGGCUUUCGGGCUAAUUGUGGCGCUACCUGGCAGUGUCGUAAAAAUUUGCGGCACAAAUAUAUACAAGUGGUCACCUUAUGUUCUCUACAUUAUGCGGUUAACAUAUUAUUCGUUAUCAUAAUAAUUAUGUUAUCGCUUAUCAUUAAUGCAGACCAAAGAAAGUCUUUCUUCUUAGUCCGUGAUGCUGACUGCUGAGUGAUAUGUUAUUAUAGUAUUAGAUAUACCAUUGAUAUAUAAAUAUAUUAUAAUAAUAAUUAAUAUUUGUAUGUCUAUGAUAGAUACUUUAUUUUUAAAUUACUAUACAAAGCUGUGAGGUCUUUUAGAUUCAGCACAUAGACAAGAAUACCCAAAAGAUCAUAAUGGAAGAAAUUCAAAGUACAGCUGGAGCUAUUCCUAUACGCAAUGAAAAAGGUAAUAAUUAAAACCUAUUAUUUUUGGUAUUAUCAAUUAAAUUUUUACUUAUAAUUUUUUUUCUAGGUGAAGUAUCAAUGCAAAAAGUCAAAGUUCACCGAUAUGUCCAAGGCAAACGUCCUGAAUAUGCUCCAGAGUCAACAUCUGAAGAAGAAUCGGAUGAUGAUGAUUUUAUGGAUUCCCGAAAAGUACGGGGAUCUUCUCCUACCAUUAAUUUUGACAAUGAACAAAUGAUACAGCUACCAUCAGAUGCAUUAAAUGAUGCACGUCUUAAACGUUUAGGAGGUUUAACUGCUAGGCAUGGUCAAAAAGAUAGACGGCCCUUACAUGAGCCACAAGUUAUUAAGGAUGAUUCAUCCAGUGAUGAAUCUGAUAUAGAACGCAAUCGUCGGAGUCGUAGACAAGUAUCUGGUGAUGAAAAAGAUAGUAAUGAUGAUGAUGGAGAACUUAGUGAUAGUGAAAUAGAAAGAAGAAGACAGCGACUAAGACAAAAAGUUUUGAAUCAAACAAAAGAAAAGGUAAUACAAAACUCAAUAAAAUUUAAAACUUUAUAUAUACCUAUAUAAAAUAAUAUAUUGAAUGAUAGGAAAUGAAUGAAGUACUCGAGAAAGAAGAUGAAGGACACAGUUCAGAUGAUGAUAAUAGUGAUGAAUCUUCAGAGUAUGAAGACUAUUCUGGUAAAUAAUUAUUUUAAAAUAAUAUAUUAUAAUACUCCAGGAGAUGAUAUAUAUUUAUUUAUUUAUUUAUUUAUAUAUUUAUUAUAACGGCUAAUCAAUAUUUUUACUUCAGCUUCUGAUGAAGAAACGGGUCCUCGACUGAAACCAAUUUUUGUUAGAAAGAAAGAUCGUGUUACAAUAUUAGAAAAAGAAAAUGAAGAAUUAAAACAAAAACAAUUGCAACACGAACAAAAGAAAUUAGCAGAAGAGAGACGCAGAGCUACUCUAAGAGUAAAAUUAGGAAGUAAUAAAUUUAGAGGUAUUUGUUGGUUGUCUUGGCUCGAAUUGCUAAUUUCACUGGCUUAAACGUUUCCAAAAUUCUUGAAAUUAUUUUUCAAUACAUUAGUUAUUUUUGUAACAAAAUUGGUUUUAGGGUUAUGAGAUUAUUUAUUUUUACUGAUGUGGUUCUUGCUAAACUAGUAUAUUAAUAUCUUUAAUGGCUUAACAUUGAACAUAGUUUAUACAAAAUAUAUGUAUAUCAAUCACUUCAAAAGUGAGAUAUAUAAUAUAUUAUUAACAAAAACUAAAUAACAUUAAUAGGAAUAACUUAAAUGUUAUCUACUUAUUGCAUACAAAAUAUAUAAAUUUUGCUAGUUGAUAACAUCUUUUAAAAUAUUUUCCACUAAAAUAUAUCAAUCUCAAAAAGUGGUAUGGUGAACCAUUUUAUUCCAUUGGAUCAGUUUUUUUUUCAUCGUCCUUAUUUUAUAUCAAAUAAAUAAUUUUAGAUUUUGAGUAGAGCAAAGAAACUUAUGGUUUUAAAAUAAUGUUCAUUAUUUUUUUUUAACCUUGUGAACAAUUUUUCUAUAAACAAUUUUACUCCAAUUUACAAUGAUAACAAAUUUUCUCAAUGGAAAUCUGAUUGAAGAGAUACUUUAGGGAGGUCAUAUAAAUGGUCCAAUAAAUGGGAAAAAUGAAAAAUAAGUACAAUAUUAAACAAAACUUAAAAUAAAAAAAAUACUAAAUAUUUUUAGAAAAUUUUUAGUGAUUCAAACUUUUUUAUUUAUGUACAGCCAUUUAUUUUCUACAAUAAUUUGAACUUGCUAAAAAUUUAAAUAUUAUUUUUGCUUACAAAAUAAAUGCAACAAUUGAUUUUUUUAAUUUUUCAACUGUAGUGCUAAACCACAUUAAUUAUUAAAAAAAAACUUGAUAAUAGGUGUUCUAUUGUUGUAGGUGGGAAGGUAGGAUUCAUAAAGUUCUUUAGUUUAUAUCUGUAUACAACAAUAAAGCAUUAUUAAAGAAAAUGGAUUCAGAAUGAAGUUCAGUUAUGCAUGUUUUGAAAGGCUGUAACAUUUAUGAUUUUUGCCGAAAUUUAAAAUUAACUCUUUAAAAAAAAAACCACAUUACACUUAACUUUGUUUUUUUACCACUAAGUAUACACAACCCAUAAUGAGCCCAUUGUUAAAUUAUAAAGUAUUUUUACCAAAUAAAAAUUAUGUAAAAAGCUUGCAAAAUUAAAAUGAUUAUAAAGUUCAAAAAUUAUUUAGAUAUUUUUAACAUUUUAAAACUUCUAGAAAAGGAAAAUUUAAGUUUUCUAACAAAAUUUCAUGUCUUUAAAAGUUUGAACUUAAUUACAAUAAAAUUAGAAAUAAUAAAAAUAUUUUUAUAAAUUUUCCUGUUCUUUUUAUAACUUUCAUGUCAGCUUUCAUUUAAUGUACUUUUACCGGUUUUUCCUAAUUAUGAAAACUACUUGGUUAAUCAAAAUAGACCUUUUUAAUACACUAACUAAAUUAAAUUUUCUUUCAGAAAAGGUACUACACUUGAAAUAUUAGAGCAAGUAUUUUUUCCAAAAAGUUGUUAACAAACAGAAUAAAAAAAUACCGAGUAUGAGAAAAGUUAUUUUUGGGGUCAGAUUUUUGUGUUACACCUUGUAUAUAUAAAUUUAAUAUCAAUAUUAAAUAUAGUUGUUGUGAAACACACCCGAGACAAAAUAUCCAACAAAUACCAAUAUUUGUGUAUUUUAAAUGUAUUGUUCAUAAUUAGAUUGUUGAAGAAGAAAUUCGUAAAGAGCAAGCCUUAGCUAAGGCAAACAAUGCACUCUCUGAACCAAGUUUAAAUGACGUUAAUACUGAUGAUGAAAAUGAUGAAAGUGAAUACGAGGCUUGGAAACUUAGAGAAUUGAAACGUAUAAAGAGAGAUAGGGAAGAACAUGAACAGUAAAUUAUAAUAAUGAUUUAUUUACACAUUUUAUUAUCUUACUAUUAAUUGUCUCUUUUUUAGGCGAGAGUUUGAAAAAGCAGAAAUAGAACGCCUGAGGAAUUUAACAGAAGAAGAGAGAAGAUUAGAAAUAAGACUUAAUCCAAAACAAGUUACAAAUAAAGCAGCUAAAGGCAAAUAUAAAUUUAUGCAAAAAUAUUAUCAUCGUGGAGUAUUUUAUUUGGUAAUUAUUAUUUACUUUAAUAAACUUAUUUUUGGAACAUUUUAUGUUUAUAUAUACCUAGUUAGAAUUAAAUUUCUAUUUAUUAUUUAUUUGAUAAAGGAUGAAGAAAAUGAUAUUUUCAAAAGAGAUUAUUCAACAGCUACUCUAGAAGAUCACUUUGAUAAGACAAUUUUGCCUAAAGUUAUGCAAGUAAGUUUUUUAAAAUAGUAUUUAUAUUAUUUUUAUCAUUAUAUCUUAUAAUGUAAUUUCUUUUUUCUCAUUUUUAGGUUAAAAACUUUGGUCGUAGUGGACGUACUAAGUAUACACAUUUGGUUGAUCAAGAUACGACUAGUUUUGAUUCACCUUGGGUAUCUGAAACAGCGCAAAACUUAAAAUUUCAUACUAACCAAGCAGCUGGGAUGAAACAAGUAUUCCAAAAACCUACUCUAAAAAAGAAACGAAAUUAAUAAUUGUAAUUAUAACAAUUUGAUAUCCACCCCUGUUUAGUUGUACUAUUUUUUAUAAGAUAGAAAAUAGUCAAUAAAAAAAUAAAAUCAUUUAUAUAAAUUUGAUUAAAUAUUUUUUUCAUGUAAAAUAUCAUAGUUUGUUAAUAUGAUUUUUUUUUUUUUAAUAAUCAAAUUACCAAAACUGCACUGUAAUUUAAGCCAUUUUUAAUCAUUAAGUGAAGAAAAAUAUGAUAAUAUUUUAUACAUUUAUUUACAAGUAUUAACCAUUUUAAUAAUUUUAUUUUUACUUCAUUAUUUUAUUAGAUAAUAUUUUAUUAUUCAAUCCAUAUCUCUAGUAAUCAGCAGGCGUAUACUUUUAAAAACAUUUAUCAAUGAUUAUAAAAUCAUAUUAAAUAAUACAUGAUGGCUAAUAUAUUCUUAGAUUAAUUGUUUGUUGACAACUUAACAUUUAGUUAAUAAGAAAUCAUUGUUUUCUUAUUUAUAUAAUGGAUUAAACAAUGCAACAAUUAAGUUCUUUGUGAAUCUUUUUCUCAUUUUAAAUAAGGAUCUAUUUUUUUAACUGUGAUAUGUGUGUAUUUUAUAGUUUUAUUUUUUA